AUGAACGGUCCGCCGCCUAGUCGGCUGGUCUUUCUCUCCGACCUCAAGCGCAUGGACGUCGGCGACAAGGCGCGCUUCUUGGGCUGCGUUGACGGCUACGACGCCCGCACUGGCACCUUGACCCUCAAGCAUGCCUAUCCCGCGAAACCGUCCGUCGUUGCGCGUGUCAACAUCGACCAUGUACUCGAAUCCGUGAAGUGCAACGACUUGGAAAUCGGUGCAUGGUUGAACAUCAUUGGUUAUGUUCAAUCGCCACCGCAGACCGCCAGCCUCUCGUCGACUGUACCCCGGGCCUCUCGCUCGAAUCCGCCGCCCCCCAAAAGGCGUGCUAAGAAGGCGCAGAGGGAGAAGCUGGCGGACGGCGUCUAUGUGCAGGCCAUCAUGCUCUGGGCUGCUGGGGAUAUUAAACUCGAGGACUACGAAGAAGCUGUAAAGGCUCGUAAGGAAGCCGAUGCAGAACUUGCUGCCCUGAGCUGGUAA